AUGGAAAUAUUGGAACUUUCGUUGUUUGAUCUUCAAGGAAGAGCAGAAACCAUUGAUGAUUCAGAGAUUGAUUUAGAACAAAAAAAAUUUACGCAGUACAUAAAUCAAUUUAACGAAGAUAUGUGUAAUAGAAACAAUAUCUCAACAAUUGUUCAAAAAUCUUUUUGUUCAUGGGAAAUUUAUCCAUCGUAUUAUGAAGAACAUAAUAUUGCUCAACAAAUAUUAACACAUAU